GUGAAACCGUGGCCUCGCGGCAACAGUGCAGAGAGAAAAUAAUUGGGCAACUUGAUUCUUCUCGACUCUUUACUGUAAUCAGCCAGUGUUCUUCCAUGACGCCCAGGCAACCCGCCAGGAACAAGGAUGGCCCAACCUUGCCCACGGGGCGCGACGUCACCAUGUUAAAGACAUUCUUGGUCUAUAAAGGAGACAUUCUAGUUUAUCUCCAAACAUUAUUUAAACAAUUUUAGCUGGAAGAACAGAGCUUUUUGAGACCAAUCAAUUAAACCAUAAAUGAACAAUGGCGCCGACGAAUGAAAGACAAAUGAACGAUACCUCUAGUAAGGCCUCAGCGAGCCCGCGGAGCCCAAGGGGAAGCGGCCCCCAGUGCUUGUGGACGGGGUGACUCUGAACGGCCCCACGCUGGACAUCCGGGAAGCAGAGAGCUUCCUCAGAGACGCCAUGCCCAUCAUCAUGGAGGAGGCCGUCUGGAAGGCUACUGACGUCAAGGAGAAGGUGUGCGAGUGGCGCUCUCCGGAGCAGCUGAAGGACCUAUUAGACCUAGAGCUGAGGGAAGGAGGCGAGGCACAUCCCCAGAUACUGCAGCGCUGUCGGGAUGCCAUCCGGUACAGUGUCAAGACCGGACAUCCUCUCUUCUUCAACCAGCUCUAUGCAGGCAUGGACCCUUAUUCACUAGUGGGCCGAUUCAUCACAGAAGCCAUCAACCCCAGUCUGUACACGUACGAGGUGGCUCCAGUGUUCCUGCUGACAGAGGAGGCGGUUCUGCAGAAGAUGAUUGAGAUCAUAGGAUGGCAGGAGGGAGGAGACGGCAUCUUCAGCCCAGGUGGCUCUGUGUCCAACAUGUAUGCUGUGAACGUGGCCAGGUACCACCACUGUCCUGAUGUGAAGGUGCUGGGCCUGUCUGCCUUACCUAGACUGGUCAUGUUUACAUCUCAGGAGUGUCAUUACUCGGUUGCCAAAGCAGCGGCUUUCCUGGGAAUUGGCACCAACAAUGUUUAUGUGAUCCCGUCAGAUAAGAGAGGGAAGAUGAUUCCUGCGGAGUUUGAGAAGCAAGUACAGAGAGCCAAAGAUGAGGGAGCGUUGCCCUUCAUGGUGAACGCCACAGCAGGGACCACCGUACUAGGGGCCUUCGAUCCGCUGGAGGAGAUAGCUGACAUCUGUGAACGACACAAUCUAUGGAUGCAUGUAGAUGCAUGUUGGGGAGGAGGAGCCCUGAUGUCUAAGAAACACAGAUACCUGCUGCAGGGCAUUCACAGAGCCAACUCAGUAGCAUGGAAUCCUCACAAGAUGCUGAUGGCUGGUCUACAGUGCUGUGCAUUCAUGGUUCGGGACAAAACGAAUCUUCUCCAGCGGUGUCACUCGGCCCAGGCCUCCUACCUCUUCCAGCAGGAUAAGUUCUAUGAUGUCAGCUAUGACACGGGAGACAAGUCCAUUCAGUGCAGCCGCAAGCCCGACGCCUUCAAGUUCUGGCUGAUGUGGAAAGCCAUCGGCACCAAGGGUCUGGAAGAGAGAGUGGACAGAGCCCUCGCUAUGGCCAGAUAUCUGGCAGAGGAGAUCAAGAAGAGAGAUGGAUUCCGUCUUGUGAUGGAGCCGGAGUACACCAACGUCUGUUUCUGGUACAUUCCUCCUAGUCUGAGGGACAUGGCUGACGGACCUGAGUUCUGGAGAAAUGUCCAUGCGGUGGCGCCAGUGGUUAAGGAGCGCAUGAUGAAGAAGGGCUCUAUGAUGGUAGGCUACCAGCCCCAUGGAGACAAGGCUAACUUCUUCAGACAGAUCAUCAUUAGCCCUCAGGUCAGCAGAGAAGACAUGGACUUUCUGCUGGACCAAAUACACAGCCUGGGGAUGGACUUAUGAUCCCACGGGGAAUACCUACAAAAUGGCACCCCGUUCCCUCAAUGAGCCCUGGGCAAAAGUAGUGCACUAUAUACAGGGAAUUUGGGUACCAUUUUGAACAAAACCCAAAUGGUCAUGUUCAGUAGGCACGAAACAGGAGAUCCUGUUUUGAAACUGAGUGAAAAGGAAGUGGUACCCCAAACAUCCUAUAAGAAGUUUCCAAACAUCCUAUAAGAAGUUUCCAAACAUCCUAUAAGAAGUUUCCAAACAUCCUAUAAAAAGUUUCCAAACAUCCUAUAAGAAGUUUCCAAAACAUCCUAUAAGAAGUUUCCAAACAUCCUAUAAGAAGUUUCCAAAACAUCCUAUAAGAAGUUUCCAAACAUCCUAUAAGAAGUUUCCAAACAUCCUAUAAGAAGUUUCCAAACAUCCUAUAAGAAGUUUCCAAACAUCCUAUAAGAAGUUUCCAAACAUCCUAUAAGAAGUUUCCAAACGUCCUAUAAGAAGUGUGUUAACUUGUUCUCUUAUUUGGUGCCCCAGGGCUGUGCAGAAGCCUCAGCAUGUCAUCCUUCCAUUGCCCGUCUCCUUAAAGUGAUCUAACGAUUACCUGUUUCUGCUAUUCACUAUCGAUUCCAUUUGUAAUUCUGAGGACAGGCAGUGUGUCCGUCCAUGAGACUGUAGACACAGUAGCUUGUGUCCGUCCAUGAGACAGUAGACACAGUAGCUUGUGUCCGUCCAUGAGACAGUAGACACAGUAGCUUGUUCACGUCCAUGAGACUGUAGACACAGUAGCUUGUUCACGUCCAUGAGACUGUAGACACAGUAGCUUGUUCACGUCCAUGAGACUGUAGACACAGUAGCUUGUUCAUGUCCAUGAGACUGUAGACACAGUAGCUUGUUCACGUCCAUGAGACUGUAGACACAGUAGCUUGUUCACGUCCAUGAGACUGUAGACACAGUAGCUUGUUCAUGUCCAUGAGACUGUAGACACAGUCGCUUGUGUCCGUCCAUGAGACAGUAGACACAGUAGCUUGUUCAUGUCCAUGAGACUGUAGACACAGUAGCUUGUGUCCGUCCAUGAGACAGUAGACACAGUAGCUUGUUCACGUCCAUGAGACUGUAGACACAGUAGCUUGUUGAUGUCCAUGAGACUGUAGACACAGUAGCUUGUUCAUGUCCAUGAGACUGUAGACACAGUAGCUUGUUCAUGUCCAUGAGACUGUAGACACAGUAGCUUGUUCAUGUCCAUGAGACUGUAGACACAGUAGCUUGUUCAUGUCCAUGAGACUGUAGACACAGUAGCUUGUUCAUGUCCAUGAGACUGUAGACACAGUAGCUUGUUCAUGUCCAUGAGACUGUAGACACAGUAGCUUGUUGACGGUUUUCAGGGCUCAACCUCUUCAUAGGAACCAAUUUCAGAUAAAUAAAAACUCAAAAGUCAUUAUCCUUUAUGUCAAUGUGAUUUAUUUUGGUUUUGAGUAAUAUAAUAAAUACUGUUUUAAUAUAACUGCUGUUGGAAAGCGAGGCGUGCAACUUUUAGUAAAAGCUGAAAUGUUUUGAAGAGAUUUUAGGAGAUACGAUUUUAAGCGAUACCGAUUGAUUGUAAGAGAUUUAUAUAAAUAUUAAUAUAUGUUUAUUACUUGAUGAGAUUAAUAUAUAAAUCUUUAGAGAAUAAUGAUGUGUAAUGUGAUGCUUUAAAUCUAUUUUAGUUCUUUCUUUUCAUUUAGGAUUUUCUCUUUUGAAUUCAUUUUCUUCCAGACGCAAUUAACUUUUACAAUUUUAAAAUCAUUUAAAAAAAUGUUUUUAAAAACGUAGCACACCUAGUGCCUGAAUACUGUGAGUCCACCUACAUACAUCAGAUCUUAAAAUGGCUACCGUUGUUAUGUUUAAUAAACAGUUGUUGGUGUUUUUAGCAACACUUGACUUAAAGCCAACAGAUGAAAUGCUUUCUUUCUAUGUUUUAAAACGGACUCAAAAUGCCUGUUAUUUAGUCAUUACUACGAGACGAUAAUAAGACGAUAUAAGUGGUCAAACCUUAAUGCAUUACAGCUGCUUUAUAAUACAUUAUACCAGUUGGCUUUAAAAGGAAGGUGUUUUAUUUUGUAGCUUCAAAGAGAAUGGUGUUUACUUUAAACUUGUACCAAGUUCUGUGUACAAUACUAGGAUACGUGCAUUCUGUAGCAUACCUCAUAUCGUAUUGUAGUAUCUGUAGCAUACCUCAUAUCGUAUUCUGGCAAGACAUUCUGUUUUCUCUUGUUGUUUUCUCUUGUUGUUGUUGUUUUGUUCAGAUAUGUUGUCUGGAAAAAGCCUGUAUGUGUUUGUUGUUUUUUGUAGAUGGAGGUUUCACUGAGAAUUAUUUAUUUUCUUUAUCAGUGAAAAUAAAACCAUUUGUUUACUGAA